AUGCCGGAUCCGCCCGGCGCCGAUGCGCCCCCGCCCGAGGACCUAUUGGGUGGUAAUGGCGCGAGUGAUUCAUCACUCAACACGCAAACGCGUGAAGCGGUCACUGGAGGAACCGCGAAUCCUCCAGCUUGGUCGCCCGAGGCAACUCAGGUCCGGUUGGACCAUGAGAAGCUGAUGAAGAAGACCUUCCAAGUGCUCGGGAUUGUUCCCUCCAGCAAGUCGACCCGCCGACUGAUGGUCCUGAUGCACGACGCCUCGACCCCGCCUUCGCAGGCGCCAGCGCUCGCACGAGCCGCCCAAAGAGCGGUGCGAAACGACGCAGCCCCGGCCUCCAAUGUGAUUCGAGUCAUUAUGGAUGGUCCUGGAUCACCCAGAGGUCCUGUACAGACCGCGCUGCGCAAGCACUUUGGAUUGGCCGAGACGCCGUUCAUGUUCGCGCGGCCCGAGGGCGUCGUGCUUGACCCCGAGGUCGAGAAGCUUUUCUCGAAAUGCGUGAAGCUGAACCCGAUUGUGACGAAAGCCACGAAGAGGUUCCCGAUCGCUCGUCACAUGUACGAGCUUGUAUUCGAAUCCGAGCAAGCUUGUCUUGAAGCCGCUUCAGCGGGCCCAUUCCCCUACCACGGCAAGGAGAUGGUUACCGAGCUCCCCAGCGCCUCUCCCCUUAACCACGUCGUGCAGGUGCGAUUCACCUUGCCCUCCUCCUCCAGCGCGAUCCCCGCUUCCGUGCUCCGAAAAUCUCUCGAUGAUGCUAUCACCCUUUCGUUCGGCCGCGCAGGUCGCACGCAAGGUUAUACCCUGAUGCAAUUACAGCGGGGCCUCGCGGUCGAUCCGAAUGGCGAUCCGAUGGCCAUGACCGAAGACGGGUUCCACUGCGCGUACCUUCGCUUACAUGCUGAUCUUUUCCAAGGCUCCAUCGAGACGCAGAAGGCUGCGCUCAACGCCGCUUUGCCACAAGAGAUCGAGAUCCUGGGCGCCAAGUAUGGCUUGCGACACGAAUUCGAGACGCACUACUGCGCGGUGUGCGAUCGCGCCGGACACCAGUGGGGCGCUUGCAGGAAGCCGGUUUCGACUCCGGCCACCGCCGCCCCUGUUCCGGGGGCCUCGACCUCGACUUCGACUUCGACCACCGGCUUCCGAGUUGCUGGAAAGAAUGGGAAGCACGGUGGGCCUGCCGCAUUGAACUCUCGUGUCUCUGGCGCGAACAUGAUCCAGCUGGGACCUCGUGCUAACCCCGCAGGUGCAGUAACCGCCAACAAGGACGACGCGAACGACGGCGACGACGAGUCGGUCGUUUCGACCGAACCGGAGGGCGGUGACACUGGGGAAGAGACGUCGACGCGUGCGACCCUGGGCUCAACAAAGGAGACGCAGACGACGACGGCGGCGCCCGUUUCGACCCCGACCUCUCCUUCGCCUUUGUCCGGUGGCACGUCGGGAUCAUCGGCAACCUCGACAACCUCGAUAGCCUCGACGAGUCCUCGACGCCUUCGUUCGAGCUCGGCACCCGGCAACCGACGUGUCACCCGGGCAGGAUCCGCCAUGAUCCUCGGUGCAUCAGGGGGUGAUGGCUCAGGGGGCAACAGUUCAGGGGGUCACAGGUCCGAGGUGACCGAAUUCGAGGGGGGCGGCGCUGAACUGAUUUAAUCAUGAUUGAGUCACUCACCGUGUUGACGUUCAACGUCCGAUCGAUGAAGAACGCAGUCAACCAAGUCAAAAUCAUCCGUUAUCUCAAAACCCUUCGGCCGGCCCCUGCGGCCAUCCUCCUGCAAGAGCACCACCUCAGCUACAACGCGUCACGCGAAGGCUUCGAGAGUGCUUGGCCGGGGGCUUGUAUUCGUUUCACUCCUCAUGUCCUUACCCUCAUACCCGAUGGCUCACCUUUGGCGGGCCAUCUCCUUUCCUCUACCCCGGUCGUCUUUGCAGGAGCUCCUCGUUUCGACGGUCGGAUUCUGCGCUCGGUGUUUCGUCUUGAGGAGCUCGAUGUCGAGAUCAUCAACAUGUACGCGCCGGUGCAGGAGGACGAUCGUCGCGACUUUUUCGGGCUUCUGCACUUCAACGCCCCGAGACCCAAGAUUCUUCGGAUCUUGGCCGGCGAUCUCAACGAUUGUCCGGAUGUAUCGGUCGACCGAGUGUCCAUCACCGAUCGCGCUUGGACUCCUGUAUCGCACUGGCAGACCUUGCUGUCAAAGAUCGCGUUCAAGGCACUCGACACGGUCCGACAUGUCCAUCCUUGCACCCCUGCAUUCACUCGUCCUCACUACCGUGGUAGAGGGGAAGAGCGAAAGAUUUGCUCGUGGUCGCGGAUCGACUAUAUUCUUGUCCAAUGCAGUUGGGCGAACCGGUUGUUGAGCGCUUCUACGCUCUUCGAUGCGCCCUGUUCGGACCACAGACCUGUAGUUGCGACUUUCGCUUUGCCUACAUCGAACGCUGAUGCCGAACCCCCCCUUUCUCUUCCCUCCACGAGCGAUUUCAUUUCGAGGCUCAACCCAAUGGUCUUUGACGAUCAAGACUUUGUCGCAUCGAUUCCCGGGGUCGUCGACGAGGUCUAUCAAAGGCUCGAGGGGACCGCUCCGCUCGGCGACGUCUAUGACGCCGCUCUGCGGGCGGUUGCAGUCGCUGGCCAUGCACGAUACCGCUCGACUCGUGCCGACAUGCGCCGACUGCGGGCCGAGAGCCAAUCCGUCAUGGAGGCUUUGGAGGCACGCGGUGAGCACAUGAAUGAGGCCGAGCGCGAUGUGUAUGCUCUUGCCAAGUCGCGGUUGGACCAGUUGGCGGUAAAGGAGGCUCAGUGGCUGCGCAUUCGUGCGCAUGUGCCGUCAGUCGACUCGAGGGAAGGUCAAUCGGCAAGCAUUCGCACGCGCCUCAACCGCCGGAGUCGCCAGACGAGCAUCGUCUCGCUGGAGGAUGUGGAUGGCACCGAGACCGUUGACAUGCAGGAGGCGCUGGGUAUUGCUUCACGGCACGCGCAGUCGCUCUUCACGCCGGACCCAGCUCGUGGCGACCCGACGAACGCACGCCGGUCCCUGCUCGACCCUAUUCGCGCAGCGAAAUGCUACGAUGACGACCGCUCGGACCCUACGUUCGGUCGUCGGCUGCCUCGUCAAGCGAGAGUGGCGCUUGACGAGCCCUUCACCCUCCUCGAGGUUGAAGCGGCGUUGAAGAAGACGGAUUCGGGGCGAUCACCGGGGCCCUCGGGCAUUCCGUACGAGCUCUUCAAGGCGCUGCCAACCUACUUUGCUCCCAAGCUGUUGGACUUGUUCAACUCGAUUUGGGAGGGCGGCAAAAUGACGGCGUCCUUGGCAGAGGGGCUGGUGCGGCUCUUGCCCAAGAAUAAACCGGGGGCCAAUCUGAAAUCACUGGGGGCAUACCGACCGAUCACAUUGCGCGAGACGACCUACAAGGUCCUCAGCAAGGUCUUGGUGGCGCGACUCAAUGGGGUGCUCGGCGAGCUUUUGCCGCCGGCGCAACACGGUUUCAUGCCAUCAAGACGUUCAGCGGACGCGGGAAGUCAUCUCACUCUCCUUCUCGAAAAACUCAAGUCGCUAGGCACUGAUGUUUUCCCCGAGGGCGCCCUCUUGUCUUUGGAUCAGCAGAGCGCGUACGAUCGGGUCGAUCACGCCUGGAUCUUCGAGGUCUUUGAGGCCUUUGGGUUCGGUGAGCGUUUCAUCUCGCUGCUGCGCGCUCUCUACGAUCCCGAGACUCUGGGGGUGCGCUACCUUGUCAAUGGGUUCCCCACGGACUUGGUGCGGUUGCUGUGUGGUCUCGGUCAAGGGGAUCCCCUCUCGUGCCCGGUUUGGAACAUCACGUUCCAGCCCUUCCUCGACGCCCUCGUUCGGCGCGGGAUCGCGCUCGACCUGCAGAAGGUGUGGCCAGGGGGGCCGCGUGCGCAGCUUACGCAUCUGGCGUUUGCCGACGAUGCUGUGGUGGUGGUGGAGUCACCGGCGGCAUUGUCGAAGCUGCAAACGCUGUCGCAGACGUGGUACGAGGCUACCAACGGGAAGACCAACACGGACAAGACGCUGGUGCUACCACUCGGACCGAACUGGCUUCGGGACGAGACUGCGCAGGCGCUGCCAACGGUGCAGGAGGGGGAGAGCUUCAAGUGGUGCGGUUAUGCCUUCUUUCGCCACGGUGACUCGAAACUGUUUUGGACCCAUGUUCUUGACAGGAUCAAGGCCAAGACCCGCGCCGCUCGAGACCGGACACUUUCGCCGAGUGGGAAGGUUUUCUAUGCCAACGCUCACAUCAUCUCGACGGUCCUCCACGUGCUGUCCUUCGACAUACCGCCUCAAUGGUUCAUUAAGGCGGCGGAGACGGCACUUACGGACUUUGUCUGGGGAGGAGCAGGGCGAAAUACCGUCGCUCGCGAUUUCGUGUUCCAGGCUCGGGAGGACGGUGGCUUGGGUUUGAUUUCGAUUGGCGACAUCGUUCAUUCGGUGGCGCUUCGAUUUUGGGAUGCUGUGGCGGGCUCGGACGAGGCGAUCUGGGCGCCCCUAGCUCGCGAGAGCUGGAGGUGCCUCGUCGCUGCGACCCGCGAUUUCAGUCCGUGGGGGUUCUUCAGCAGCACGGCUCGGGUCGAGAAGCUGUAUCGCGACUCGACGCGCUGGGGGGCAGUCGUUGCAGCGGCCAGGGUCACAGUUCCAACCAUCAAGUCCGAACUCCUUACGCUUCCCGAAUUGCUCUCGCUUCCGCCUCGCCUCCCUUCACUCUAUGCUGAAGGUGCCCAGCACGCAUAUGACGAUGCGGACGCGGUGGCGAAGUUUGCGCAGAUCGCGGACCUGUACUGGAGGGACGAAGGGAAGGGAUGGGCUCUGGUUGGUCAUCGACGCGGGUUCUGGCAGCACUCUAAGGAACCCGCCCUACAGCACGAGCACGUGUGGUCGCGCGUGGGUCAGUUGCUCAAGGCGAAAGCGUUGCUGCCCAAGACCGCGUUGCGACCUGCUCGGAUACCUCUCAAGGAGGCUCCCCGUCCUCGGUGCUUCAACUUCUUUGGGUUCUCCCGACCUUUUACGAUUCGCAAGCUUCGUCGGCUUGUGAACAAGGUGCGGUUCCCAGGGAGGGAGGACCGUGUCAAGCGUUUCCCUGAUGGGACUUCUCAGAGCGAUAGGAAGCGCUUCUGGAGAUGGCUUCAUGACCGGUUCGCGUCUGCUGUCGAGCAGGACACCCACUGGCGGCUCAUGUACGACGUGACGCCGACGCGCAAGAGGCAGCAUACUCAGGGUCAUGCCUCUUCGCCGACGUGUCUGUUCUGCGGCAACGAUGCAGCGGUCAUCGAGACGGUGUCCCACUACUUUUUCGAGUGCGCGUACUCGACCAGCUUCUGGGGUGGGGUGCUACGCAUUCUGCUUGACAAGCUCGGCAUCGAGGAUACCGACGUCGAUCCGUCGACGUUCACUCCGGAGCAGCUGACUAUGGGGCUCCCCCUUUUGCGGGGUCGUGGGAGAACGACCUCGAAAUGGAUGUGGGUUCGGCUGGCCUGCGCGAUCGGCUUCCAGCGGCUGCACCUGCUCCGCUGGCGCGUUCAUCAGCGGUUCGAGCUGGACAACGUCGUGGCCCCUCCCUCGCUUCCCAGUACGCUCAGAGCGUUCGAGCGAGAUUUUCUCUCUCGAGCGGGUUUUGUGCCUGGGGUUCGAGAUUGGGAGGUGUGAUGACCGAGUUAAGUCCUUCCUUCCCAUUUUCCUCCCCUCCUUUCCUCCCUUCCUUUUCGGUCAGAAGCUGACUGUCUUGAAACUUGUUGCGCAGUGGAAGGCUGCGCACCUCUCCCUCUCUCUACUUUGUGCAGUAGCGGUUUUCGUUCUUGGAUGGAUCGGCAAGCCGGGUCGAUCGUCGUUGCGUUGGAGGCUUUGUGAAGUUCUCCCCUCUCUUUCCCCUUUCUCCCUUCCCUUCCUCUUCUCGUUCCUGUUGCUCGGUUGUUGACUACGCUUCAGCCACUUCUCCUUUUAUUCCUAAGCCGUGUGUUGGAUUCCGUCGAAUGGAUCGUUCGUUCGCGUUGGUCAAGUUCUACGGCAUGGAUCGGGAAGAAAGGUCGCUCGUUUCUUGGUCAAUAUCCUCGCGUCAAGGCGAGGCUCGUUUCGUGGUAUUGGAUCGUUUUCGCUCGGCCCCGACGGCUCAACAGCCAGCACUCGAGACUCAGCCAAGGGAGGACAUCAGGCGCUGUCGGGGUGACGAGUAGCUGGGGCUUGGCUGCGGCCUGUCAGUCCCUGGGGACCUCUAGCUCUGGCUUCGACCCCCUCCCUUGGCCCCUCGGGUGUGUUCCCCUCCUCCUCCCCUCCUCUCUGUCUUAGUAUUCCUGGUUCUCCGUGUUUCCGGUCGUGAAUUUUUGUAUAUUCUCCCCCUUUCUUUCUCUAGGCGCUCUUGCCUGGUUUUCGAGUAUCUUCGCUCCCGCUCUUGGGACGUGAAGCGGCAGCAGUACUCACCGCCCGUUGGAGUCCGCGUUAGGUGCUCGGCGGGUUUUGAUCUGCGCAGCGCUCUUUGCGCGCAGGGGUUUGACUUUCACCCAAUUGCUUGCCGUCGUUGCUUUAUAACCUCUUUUAGCUCUUUUUGUAGCGGUCCCAGCCAACCCGAAGGAUUGCAAUUUAUGAGCCCCAGUAAAAUAAAAAAAAAAAAACCUAUCUUACGGACUUUGUCUGGGGAGGAGCAGGGCGAAAUACCGUCGCUCGCGAUUUCGUGUUCCAGGCUCGGGAGGACGGUGGCUUGGGUUUGAUUUCGAUUGGCGACAUCGUUCAUUCGGUGGCGCUUCGAUUUUGGGAUGCUGUGGCGGGCUCGGACGAGGCGAUCUGGGCGCCCCUAGCUCGCGAGAGCUGGAGGUGCCUCGUCGCUGCGACCCGCGAUUUCAGUCCGUGGGGGUUCUUCAGCAGCACGGCUCGGGUCGAGAAGCUGUAUCGCGACUCGACGCGCUGGGGGGCAGUCGUUGCAGCGGCCAGGGUCACAGUUCCAACCAUCAAGUCCGAACUCCUUACGCUUCCCGAAUUGCUCUCGCUUCCGCCUCGCCUCCCUUCACUCUAUGCUGAAGGUGCCCAGCACGCAUAUGACGAUGCGGACGCGGUGGCGAAGUUUGCGCAGAUCGCGGACCUGUACUGGAGGGACGAAGGGAAGGGAUGGGCUCUGGUUGGUCAUCGACGCGGGUUCUGGCAGCACUCUAAGGAACCCGCCCUACAGCACGAGCACGUGUGGUCGCGCGUGGGUCAGUUGCUCAAGGCGAAAGCGUUGCUGCCCAAGACCGCGUUGCGACCUGCUCGGAUACCUCUCAAGGAGGCUCCCCGUCCUCGGUGCUUCAACUUCUUUGGGCUCUCCCGACCUUUUACGAUUCGCAAGCUUCGUCGGCUUGUGAACAAGGUGCGGUUCCCAGGGAGGGAGGACCGUGUCAAGCGUUUCCCUGAUGGGACUUCUCAGAGCGAUAGGAAGCGCUUCUGGAGAUGGCUUCAUGACCGGUUCGCGUCUGCUGUCGAGCAGGACACCCACUGGCGGUUCAUGUACGACGUGACGCCGACGCGCAAGAGGCAGUAUACUCAGGGUCAUGCCUCUUCGCCGACGUGUCUGUUCUGCGGCAACGAUGCAGCGGUCAUCGAGACGGUGUCCCACUACUUUUUCGAGUGCGCGUACUCGACCAGCUUCUGGGGUGGGGUGCUACGCAUUCUGCUUGACAAGCUCGGCAUCGAGGAUACCGACGUCGAUCCGUCGACGUUCACUCCGGAGCAGCUGACUAUGGGGCUCCCCCUUUUGCGGGGUCGUGGGAGAACGACCUCGAAAUGGAUGUGGGUUCGGCUGGCCUGCGCGAUCGGCUUCCAGCGGCUGCACCUGCUCCGCUGGCGCGUUCAUCAGCGGUUCGAGCUGGACAACGUCGUGGCCCCUCCCUCGCUUCCCAGUGCGCUCAGAGCGUUCGAGCGAGAUUUUCUCUCUCGAGCGGGUUUUGUGCCUGGGGUUCGAGAUUGGGAGGUGUGAUGACCGAGUUAAGUCCUUCCUUCCCAUUUUCCUCCCCUCCUUUCCUCCCUUCCUUUUCGGUCAGAAGCUGACUGUCUUGAAACUUGUUGCGCAGUGGAAGGCUGCGCACCUCUCCCUCUCUCUACUUUGCGCAGUAGCGAUUUUCGUUCUUGGAUGGAUCGGCAAGCCGGGUCGAUCGUCGUUGCGUUGGAGGCUUUGUGAAGUUCUCCCCUCUCUUUCCCCUUUCUCCCUUCCCUUCCUCUUCUCGUUCCUGUUGCUCGGUUGUUGACUACGCUUCAGCCACUUCUCCUUUUAUUCCUAAGCCGUGUGUUGGAUUCCGUCGAAUGGAUCGUUCGUUCGCGUUGGUCAAGUUCUACGGCAUGGAUCGGGAAGAAAGGUCGCUCGUUUCUUGGUCAAUAUCCUCGCGUCAAGGCGAGGCUCGUUUCGUGGUAUUGGAUCGUUUUCGCUCGGCCCCGACGGCUCAACAGCCAGCACUCGAGACUCAGCCAAGGGAGGACAUCAGGCGCUGUCGGGGUGACGAGUAG